GAAAAUCUUGUGCUUUCAUCUUAGAAUCAGCUACAGAAUCAGACGCUUCAAAAAUCUGAGGGAAUCUUCCGUGCCAAUAUGGAGAGAUCAUCAUCAUCAUCAUCAUCGUCAUGUGAUAAGGUUUGGAAUCUUGGUUUACCUUACCCAACUUUUACAUUGGCCAAUGACGAUAAGCCCUAUCUAAUUACCGUCUCUGAUGAUCACUCUGUUAAGGUCAAAAAUGUUGAUUGGAUCAGCAAACUCCCUGACGAUGUAUUGCUCAUAAUAUUAUCGAGACUUUCCACAGAAGAAGCCAUAAGGACGAGUGUUGUGUCGAAGCGAUGGGAACAUGUGUGGAAUCAAAUGUCUCAUCUCGUCUUCGACAUGCGGAAGAAUAUUAUCAAUUCCAACAACACGCUCGAUGGUUCGAAUCCAGUUGCUACAUUGAUUACUCAGGUUAUAAACAAUCAUCGUGGACAUCUAGAGAGCUGCGUGAUCAUCCAUGUCCCAUAUCAAGGUGGAAAUGGAAUGCUCAAUUCUUGGAUUCGAUUACUGAGUUGCGUGAAACGCACGAAAGUUCUCACACUUAGAUACCAUUAUGGUACUUGGGAUCGAAAGUUCAAAACUUUUAACUUUUCCCCAGACUCCUUGUCCCAUCCAAGUCUUAUGUCUCUCUCGCUACAUUCAUACUUUCUCGAAAGCUCACAUCCCUUGAGAAACUGCUCGAAUCUCCGGACCCUCAAACUUUUAUCAAUCGUCGCUCCCGAGAUUGGAGUCUUUAACAGGGUACUCGCAUCUUGCCCUUGUCUUGAGGUGCUUGUACUAGGCAUCUGCUGCUUCAAAAAAAGUAGGGUUCCUUUGAAGAUUGAGAACAAAAAAUUAAAGCUCUUGCAAGUGUCUUCUCUUGAACGCAUUGAUGCCAUUGAAGUGUCAACAACUAGUCUAGACAUUCUCGCCAUCAUAGAUAUCUGCUGUCGGAGAGAUGACCUUUCCCUCCAGUCCCCCCAACUCCAAUUUAAUAGAAACUUUUGGGUUCUAGGGCCUUACGUGCCUCACAUCAGCUACAACAUAUCAGAGGAAAAGAGCAUUGGGAAUGAAGAAUUUGUGAACACCAUAUAUGGUGAGUUGUUGAGACCGUUUGCAAAUUUGUAUGUAGCCUUGUCGGUGAGUGUAGAUUUAAUGAAUCCGACAGAAGUUGAGAGGUUACGACAAGUCUUAGGUUUAUGGACUCGUAAAAUACUGGAGCUCGAGAUUAUAUUUAAGGAUAACAAUGGUCCUAGGGAAGAAAAUAAGUCUUGGGAUAAGAAGUUGUGGGAGGAUAAUAAUAAGAAAGAUCCGUUCCCCAAUGCUAAAUUCCGCGUGGAUACUGUGUGGAUGUAUAACUUCAGCGGCUCAGAGGAAGAGUUUGCCUUGAUGACGUGUUUGAUUAGGCAAGGGACUGUGGUCGAGAAGAUGAUGAUCAAGACGUCAACCUUUCCUGCAAGGAAGAGGUUAAAGAUAGAAGCGGCAGUGGCCAAACUACAGGCACUUCAAACUAAGCUUACCAUCAAAUGUUUCUAAUCGAAUUUAAUUGGUUCAAAAGUUCAAAUCUUUUCAAUCUAAAUUUGACGAAAGUGGUUUAGGGUAUAUAACACAUUAACACUUUUGAUACGAACUUCUCAAUUUUAUUUUUUCUUCUGGUCAAAAUAAUUUGCAGAUAUUAUUGGGCUUUAGUCUCAAAGGGAAAAGUUUUGGGUAUCUAGAAACUAGAUUGAAGAAUGAUAUAAACUCACAUACACAUAAUCUCCUAUAUGAUUGACAAAAAAAAAAAAAUCUCCUAUAUAAUCUUCUCUCAGUACAGUGUUGUUUCAUCCUUUUGGAGACGAGGGUGAGGGGAAGAAUGAAAAGAGUAGCGAAGGAGAGACGAUAAGCGACAAGGACUUUGAGGUUCGUACCAUCAGCGGCCGUUAGCUUCAACAAGAUGAACAUUCCUGCCAAUAUAAACUGAAAUGCCACCAUUGCAACUAUACCCUUCAUUUCUCCCCAUAUUUCUCUAAUUCGCCCCCACAGUUUCUGUUUAUUACUUUGAUACCCACUCUUAACCAUUAACUACCGGGUGCUCCUGGGCUCAGAAUCAGCCUUAUCAUCUAGCCAAUGUGUUUUUGUCUUUAAUUCUAUCUGAAUACCUUUUUCAUCGUGGUCCACUUCAAUUGUAGAUAGUAGUCUACUACAUACCAUGAACAAGUUAAGUUAUAUAAGAAGAUGUAAUACAUGUUUAUGAAACCAAUGCCUAAGCAAAGGUCUUAACUCUUAAGGAUUACACCUUCUUAUUGAAUGUGUAGAAAGAAAGAAAAAAAGAGAUUAUGUGUUCAAUUGUAUCAAAGGGAAAACAUAAUACGAAGUGAAGA